AUGGACAACAAGAUCACAACUCUUCCUGAGAACACUUUUCAGUCUCUAGUGGUUCUAGAAAGACUAGACCUGUCGGACAACCGGAUUACUGAGCUCCCCAACAACACCUUUAAGAGCUUAAAGUCCCUCGUCAAACUGAACAUAUCCCAUAAUCCUCUGUUCCACAUCCACCCGGGUCACUUUGAUCACCUGACCCAGCUCCAGUCCCUAGGUCUGGAGGGUAUUGAGAUUCCAGACAUCCAGACGAAGAUGUUUGGACCCAUGGGAAACCUCUCCCACAUCUACUUCAAGACGUUCCAUACUGUUCCUAGCGCCCCACGGAGAACGUGUAAGCCCAACACAGACGGUAUCUCUUCUUCGAGGACCUGUAGCUAACGUGGUGCUCAGGGUCUCUGUGUGGGUCAUGGCCUUCUCACAUGUUUCGGGAACCUCUUCGUCAUCGGGAUGAGGUCUCUGAUCAGGGCAGAGAACAACCUGCACGCCGCCUGCAUCAAAGUCCUUU